UAUGCACAGUGAAGUAGAUCUCUCCCCCUCUCUCUUCCUAUGUUUUGUGUUUCACUUCACAGUGAUGAAGCCAAAAGAAGUGACGAACCAAUGAAAAUCUUUGCAGAUGUAAGAACCAAAUAUAUAAAAUACCAAACUAUAAUGAGUUGAAAAUAAAAUAAAACCCUCAAAAGCUAAAGCAAUAGCCCAUCAAAGCACUACUCUCUCUCUCUCUGUCUGCCCAUUCUUACUUUUUUUUGCCUUUCGGACGCCCACCAUAACCAUUUUAUCAACAACAAUUCUUCUACUGUUCUCUUAUGUUUUCUUAAUCUGGUUCGGUUGUUGUUUUGUAAAUCUUUUUUUGUUCGAAAAAGAAAAAUUCUAAUGGUGAAGAGUAAAGCUAUGGUAUUUGGUUGAUUGAAUCACCGGAAAGAAAUAAACUAUGUUCCAGAGGUUAGGGACGAUUUGGGUCUUGCCCGAAAUAGAGACCGGUGAAGCGGUGCCGUGAAAGGUGGUUCUUUGGGUUUGAGCUGGAUAAAUCUCUGUUUUUCACGAAGAGAGAUAGAGAGAGAAAAAAGGCUGCUUUGAAUCCUGAGAAAAGUCGAGCUGGAAAACGUUUCUUUUGCGUUUUUUUAAGGUCCGUUUAAUUUUAAAGGUGGCAUCUUGGUGGCUCAAUAUCGAAAGGUUGGAUGAUUGGAAUUGUUAACUCUCUCCUAGGCCAAAGUUUUUUAAUUUUUGUUUGCUGAAAAGAAAUGGUUGGGUGAAUCAGAUCGGUUAUUUGGGUUUAGAGGCUCCGAUCCAAGUAUAAAUCUAUCUCCAAUCAGGAUAUAGUUGUCCCUUGUUGGGUUUUAUUCUUCUUGUCCUCUUUUAUUUCUCUUCUGCAUAUCUAACAUUUCACAGUAAAGCAUUGAACAAUUCCGUAGUCUCAAGAUUUCAGGUACUUGUGUGGAAAAUCUAGUUGAAAGCAAAAGAAGAAGAAAAUCCAUUUGUGCCCUCUUAGUUUCCAAACUAUGAGCCAAGGAAGAUAGAGACAAAGCAAAAAAAAACCCUUCUUCUCCUUGGUUCUUCUUGCUGGGUUUUUUUCAAAAGUGUGAACUUUGGUUAUUAGAUUGAGUUUUAGUGGUUUUGUGAAGUUACUCGCGGUUUGAGGAAAAGGAACUGCAAAAGUUCGUGCGGUAUUAGGAAAGGUCGGCUAUUUGGGUUUUUUUUGGUAGCUGUGAAAUUUCAAGGGUGAAGUUUGAAAGAUGGCAAUGUCCUGCAAGGAUGGUAAACCUGGGAGCUUGGAUAAUGGGAAAUAUGUAAGGUACACACCUGAGCAGGUCGAGGCCCUUGAAAGGCUGUAUCAUGAAUGCCCUAAACCCAGUUCGAUUCGUCGGAAGCAGCUGAUUAGAGAGUGCUCUAUUCUCUCCAACAUUGAGCCAAAACAGAUCAAAGUUUGGUUCCAAAAUAGAAGAUGUAGAGAGAAGCAGAGGAAAGAGACAUCACGCUUUCAAGCUGUGAAUAGGAAGCUGACAGCAAUGAACAAGCUUUUGAUGGAGGAGAAUGAUAGGUUGCAGAAUCAGGUCUCACAGCUGGUGUAUGAGAAUGGUUGCUUUCGUCAGCAUACUCAGAAUGCGACCCUUGCAACCAAAGAUCCUAGCUGUGAAUCGGCGAUGACAAGUGGUCAACACCGUGUGACACAGCAGAAUCCUCCUAGAGAUGCUAGUCCUGCAGGGCUGUUGUCCAUUGCAGAAGAAACUUUAGCAGAGUUUCUUUCAAAGGCCACUGGAACUGCUGUAGAGUGGGUCCAAAUGCCUGGAAUGAAGCCUGGUCCGGAUUCCAUAGGAAUCGUUGCUAUUUCUCAUGGUUGCCCUGGAGUGGCAGCACGUGCCUGCGGCCUUGUGGGUCUUGAACCUACAAGGGUUGCAGAACUCCUCAAGGAUAGGCCUUCGUGGUUCCGCGAUUGCCGAGCUGUGGAUGUUUUGAAUGUGCUGCCUACUGCCAAUGGUGGGACCAUUGAGUUGCUGUACAUGCAGCUCUAUGCGCCAACGACAUUGGCGCCUUCUCGCGACUUCUGGUUGUUGCGUUAUACUUCUGUUCUAGAAGAUGGAAGCCUCGUGGUAUGUGAGAGAUCUCUGAAAAAUACUCAAAAUGGCCCAAGCAUGCUUCCAGUGCAGAAUUUUGUGAGAGCAGAAAUGUUUGCGAGUGGAUACCUUAUUCGCCCUUGUGAAGGGGGUGUUUCAAUCAUACACAUUGUGGAUCAUAUGGAUUUGGAGCCUUGGAGUGUGCCAGAAGUGUUGCGCCCUCUUUAUGAAUCAUCAACAGUGCUUGCUCAGAAAACGACGAUGGCGGCUUUACGGCAACUGAGGCAGAUAGCUCAAGAGGUUUCUCAACCUAAUGUGACUGGCUGGGGUCGACGACCAGCAGCCUUACGGGCACUUAGCCAGAGGUUGAGCAGGGGUUUUAAUGACGCUGUCAAUGGUUUCACUGAUGAGGGGUGGUCAAUGAUGGGAAACGAUGGCAUGGAUGAUGUUACUAUACUUGUGAACUCAUCUCCUGACAAGCUAAUGGGCCUCAAUCUUUCAUUUGCUAAUGGGUUUCCAUCUGUCAGCAAUUCAGUCUUAUGUGCUGUAGCCUCAAUGCUUUUACAGAAUGUUCCUCCAGCAAUCCUACUUCGUUUCCUACGGGAACACAGAUCAGAAUGGGCUGACUGCAGCAUUGAUGCCUACUCAGCUGCAGUUGUUAAUGUUGGUCCCUGUAGCCUACGAGGAUCUCGAGUAGGAGGUUUUGGCAGUCAAGUUAUACUUCCCCUGGCACAUACUAUUGAACAUGAAGAGUCCUUAGAGGUGAUUAAAUUGGAGGGAAUUACGCAAUCUCCUGAAGAUGUACUAAUGGCGAGAGAUGUUUUUCUCCUGCAACUAUGCAGUGGAAUGGAUGAAAAUGCUGUGGGCACCUGUGCUGAGCUUAUAUUUGCUCCCAUAGAUGCUUCUUUUGCUGAUGAUGCACCUCUUUUACCUUCUGGUUUCCGUAUCAUUCCUCUCGAUUCUGGGAAGGAAGCCUCUAGUCCAAAUCGCACUCUUGACCUAGCUUCUGCUCUUGAGAUUGGGCCAGCUGGAAAUAAAGCAUCUAAUGAUUGUUCUGCUGGUGCUGGCUGCGUGAGAUCUGUGAUGACCAUAGCAUUCGAGUUUGCUUUUGAGAGCCACCUUCAAGAACAUGUAGCAUCUAUGGCCCGACAAUAUGUUCGUAGCAUUAUAUCAUCAGUUCAGAGGGUGGCAUUGGCACUUUCUCCAUCAUAUUUAAGUUCACAAGCUGGUCUCCGAACCCCACUAGGUACUCCUGAAGCACAGACUCUUGCACGUUUGAUCUGUCAGAGUUAUAGGGUCUACAUGGGCGUUGAGUUGCUCAAAUCCAACACUGAAGGGAGUGAAUCUGUUCUCAAGACCUUGUGGCAUCACUCGGAAGCUAUCAUGUGCUGCUCUCUUAAGGCAUUGCCCGUUUUUACAUUCGCAAAUCAGGCUGGUCUAGACAUGCUGGAGACAACCCUGGUUGCUCUGCAGGACUUAACUUUGGAGAAGAUAUUUGAUGAACAUGGACGAAAGUCUCUCUGCACGGAAUUCCCACAGAUAAUGCGACAGGGAUUUGCUUGUCUACAAGGUGGAAUAUGUUUGUCAAGCAUGGGAAGACCAGUUUCAUAUGAGAGAGCAGUAGCUUGGAAAGUGUUGAAUGAAGAAGAGAAUGCUCAUUGCAUCUGCUUUAUGUUUAUCAAUUGGUCUUUUGUCUAAACUUUUGCACCCUCGUGGUGAGACAAAAUUAUCGGACAAUGUUUCGUUGGUUUGAUUGUGUAGUGGCAAAAACCCCUUAUGUUAAAUCUUCAGGUCUGUUAUUCCUCCGUACUUUUAAUGUAAUGAGUAUUUUAUGCUCGAA